CGCGAGUCACAGUUGCGGCUCUCCGCGCGCGCCCUUCCAGGCUGGGCUUAGCCCCUGAAGUUCCUGCGCGGCUCUUCGCUGCCUCGUGCCAGGUACUAGGAGCCCAUGGAGGGAAAGGAGGAUAAGCAGCAACAGCAUAAAAUAGAAGAUGCUGGUAUAGUAUAUGUAACUGAAAAAAAAGAAGAACUCAAAGCUGAAAAAGAACAUGGAAAAAGUAUACAACAUUCAAAACCAUUUGUCAGGAGAGGACGUGUACAUUAUGCUAAAUUCAUUAACACAAACGCAAGAACAUGCAAUGAACCAGUUCCCUACAUAGAUCCCCAAAAGGGGCCAGAAAAGCAGGGUGGCUGGUGGUCACAUGGUAAAGGACUGGAACAUCCCUUCCAACCACCUUAUGACACUAAGAGCACCCAGAGGAGUGACUUUCAAAAACCAACAUGCCCAUUGAUUUUGCCAGUCAAACACAGCAAGUUGCAAAAGCCUUCCUGUGGAAUAGUUCCACUUGCCUCUCCUGAUGCAUCAGGAGAACUUCAAAAGAAUUUUAUAGAACGCAUCUCUUUUAUACAUCAAUAUGAUGCCAGGAAAACUCCCAAUUUGCCCAUCAAGGGAAAGCGACAUGGAGUUUUUGUGCAGACAGAGAUAAAACCAGGGAGUAGGCCCAUAGUUCCUCAGGGAGCAGAGGUAUUACUGAAUGCUCCAGGGUCAUGCUCAUCAGAACAGUCCAAAAAAACAGAGAAAGGAAACUCAGCGGAAAGCCAAAUGAUCUCACCCAGUCCCUGCCAACAAAAUUCCCAAGAGCCGUUAGAAACUAAAACUCACUUAUCAGAAACAGACGUCAGAGAGGCAGCCAAGGCAUGCCCCAGAAGUCCUGAGAGAAGAAAGAAGAUUGCAGCCAUCUUUCAAACAACUGCAGUAAAAGCUCUGCUCACCAGGCAAGACCCUGUAAAUCCACCAACAAAAAGUCAGGAUAAAUUAUCUUCUUCAACUGAAAACAUAAUCCUUGGAGUGUAGAGAAAUUUCAGAGUCAUCGUAUAGUCCCUCAUAUAGGCUUUUUCUCUUAUCAAUAAUCUCAGAACAUACAAUUUACAUAAAUGGGAAAAUUGGUAACCACUCAUAAAAUAUACCAAAAUCUUAUCAGUGGUCUCUAAUGAGCAAUGGAUUAUGAAACAUAUUCCUAUGUCAUAUUACUUAUAAAUGACUUUGUUUUGCACAAAAUUGAAUGUAAUUAACAAAUAUUAUUAAACUUUUGGAGGACAGGCCCUAUAAGACAGUCCUUAGUUAUGGCUCUGGAAUCAAAUAAACCUGGGUUGCAAUUUUGGCCCUGCCAUGUAUGAUUUGUGUGACUUUGGGUAAAUUACUUAACCUCUCAAGACUUCAGUGCUCUCAUCUGUACAACUAAGAUAAUAGCGACUUCAUAAGUUUAUUCAGCAUGAGGUUAUGCAUAUUGAUCCAUCAGUGAUCAAUGUAAUCAUUUCGUCACUCUUGCUAUAAUUAAAAUUUCAAUUUAAGGAUAAUGUUCUUCAGCUAACUUAAAAUUUCCUCCUUAUUCUGAAACUUUGAAUCCCUCUAUAUAAAACUAAGAGUGUGAAAAUCUAAAAAUGUUUCUCCCAUUAUAAGAUACACACACACGCACAUAGACGCUUAAUUCGAAGAUAUAUGGGUACUUAGAAUAUCUAAAUAAUUGUGUUCUAUUUUACUUAGAUCAUUUCUAGCACUAACUCAACCUUUGCUUUUUGGAUGGGUUUGGUGUGGUUAAUUCUACCAGCUGUUCUAUUUGACAUAUUCGGUGUGCCAGAAGGCCUAUUAGAAGCUAUGUCAUGUUGCACACAAGUGGAAGUAGGUGGAGUAUCCUUCUGAGGCCAAAAGAGUAUUUACAUGCCCAACAAAUUUGCAGGAAAAUAUGCCAGUUGCACACUAUUGUCUGUAAUACUGAUAAAACUACAGGUAUAUGUCUUUAUCCCUUUCUCCUCUACUAAACACAUUUUAACAGGCUGCAAAUAAAUGAAUACUAUUAUUACAUAGUUGUAUACUGGGGACUUCCAGUUCUUACAACAUGGAAGAUUAAGGCUAAUAGUGAACCCCUUACAUUACAAAUACCUUGAAAUGCUGAAUAACAUGGAAUAACAAACAUAAACAUAGCCAAGCUCACCAAACAGAGAAACUGUCAUGUUCCAAAACAGGGAACUUACUUGUGUAUCGAUAUAUAUCUUGAAGAUCUUUCCUUGUCUACACAUGUAGACUACCUCAUUGUUUUAAUUGCUGCAUAGUCUUCCAUAGUAUAGGUAUACUCUAGAAUUGGAGCAAUAAGAAUGCAAGCUUUGGUACGUUUGUGGGAAGUGGGUAGUGGAUUUGGAGAGAGGUCUUAAAGGCUGGGGACUUGAAUUUUAAUCCACAUUGGAACAGCAAUGGAACCUUAUGGCAUCCAAAGUAGAAAGCUGGAAUUGAAACCUGGGUAAAGCUAGAACCCUCUAAUAGCUGGCCUGUCAGUACAAGACAGACUAAAGAACUCCACGCAUACCACAAGGCAGACAGAAGAAAGUCUGCCUCUGCCUAGAACUAUAGUUAGUGAAAAAAAAAAUGUUUGUUAGAAAGUAAAAGCUCAAGGUUGUGCCACGUUCCAGUCUGGAAUAUGAAUUUAUAUGCAGGACAUCUCAUAGGACACAAAAUUAACAUAAAAAUUAAUCCUGCUGGUGCUAACACCUUGAGGUACCUGACAAAAGCAAAUGCAAAACUCCCCUGGAGAGAGAUUUCCACAAUCCACAGAAACAGCAGUCCCUAAUUAAGAUAAGGUUAUGAACAAAAAUUACAAAUCACACACAAAGAAGAAAGUCAAACUGAGCAAGAGUUUGCAAUACAAAGGAGAAUGAUUCAAACCACAAAACUGGAGAUAACAGAAUUCCCUAAUUUGUCAAAUUGGUAAAAGCCCCAAGGCCCAUUCCACUUCUCUAUAUGCAUUGACUCUAAGCUUGUAGUUCUCAGACCUACCUCCACAGCAGUCAUCUCUACGUGUACGUGAGCUUUUGUUUCAUUUACUUUUGUUCCUCUAUACAUUUGUUCUCUGGUAAUCUGGUAAUAUCUUUCAGAAUUAACGAAAAAUGUAUUUAUUCUGAUAGGAAGUUUCCCUGUUUUCCAAUGCUAUUAAAGUGUAUUUUAUUAUCUUUAUCUACAUAUAUUUUUAUGAGAUUUAGUGGGCAACAAGCAGGACAUUUGCGUAUCUGUCUGCCAGGUUAAGUCAAUAACUAAUUUUCUGUAAGUAAAUUAUUUGCAAAGUUAUUGUUUUAACCAUUAGUAAAUAGCACAUUCUCUGCAAUAGACCUCACAGCUGACUGACAAACAUCAUUGAAAAUUGACACAGUCCUUCUGAUUUAGAGAAUAUGUUUAAGUGAG